GGUGUGAUGUCAUCAUGUGACAACCAAGAUGGCGGGCGCCGGUACGCGGGUUGUCUUGCAUGGCUUCAGAAAAUGUGGCACAUCUUGUUCAAGUGUACACGGAAUUUGGUCAUAUGCGAGUCAGCAGGUUGUCAGGAGGCAGAUAUGUACAAGCUCUGUCAUGCACAGAAAGAACUUGGCAGCUGAUGGUCCCGAGAAGUUUACGAUGGAGUUCAUCGAGAAGCAGGUGGAAGAGUUCAACGUCGGCAAGCGGCACCUGGCCAACAUGAUGGGAGAAGACCCAGAGAACUUCACUCAAGAAGACAUAGAUAGAAGCAUCGCCUACCUUUUUCCCUCGGGACUGUUCGAUAAGAAGGCGCGACCCCUCAUGAAGCACCCGGAGGAAAUCUUUCCAAAGCAGCGGGCUGUCCAGUGGGGAGCGGAUGGGCGGCCGUUCCACUUUCUGUUUUACACGGGCAAACAGAGCUACUACUCUUUGAUGCACGAGACGCAGAGUAAAAUCCUAAACAUCGAGAAGCAUCAGGAUCGUCUACGAGCCAAAGGACUCUUUUCCAAUGACAUCAAGCCGAUUUCUCUGAGUGCAAGCAGGUGGCUCUUGAAGGAGGAGUUGGAGGAGUUGCUUGUGGAGACCAUCUCUGUUUACGAUUACGACCGCUUCCUCCAGAUGAUGGAGCGUCUCUUGUCCCUGCCGUACUGCAGCAAGGAGGAGCAGUUUGUCCUGACUUACCGACAGCAACUUACGGCCCUGUCCAAAAAGGAAACAAUCCCAGCGCUAGAGAAAGAUGAAAAUGGUGUGGCCUAUAGCACCGCUGAAGGACGAAGAAAGACAUCGAAUGCCUCUGUGGUUCUGAGAGAUGGUGGCUCUGGAUCUGUCAGCAUCAACGGGCAGCACUACAUCCCGUACUUCCCUGUGCUACAAGACAGAGAACAGUUAAUGUUCCCCAUCCAGUUUAUGGACAUGCUGGGACGCUUUGACCUGGAGUGCAGCGUGAGCGGUGGUGGACGGUCCAGCCAGGCGGGUGCGUUGCGACUCGCUAUCUCCCGAGCCCUUUGCAGCUUUCUGUCGGUGGGAGACAUAGAAAUCAUGAGGCAAGCUGGUUUGCUGACCCCAGACCCAAGAGUGAGAGAAAGGAAAAAGCCGGGUCAGGAAGGUGCCAGGAGGAAAUUCACCUGGAAGAAACGCUGAGGGUAAUACUACCUGGCUCCUUUGUUCACUAUACCUCUAUUUGAACUGAGAUCACUCACUCCUGCAAGUGAAACAUUUGUUGCUCACCAUAUGGCGUCUAAUCUCAGAAAUGACUGAUUAUGUUGCAUUAUGUUUCUGUAUAUGAAUAAACUUCCACUUCUUUUUUAAUAUUA